AUGAAGACCAAAAGACGACACCGCAGCUCAGAGACGCUUCAUGUGACGACGAUGUUUAUCCUGAAGAAUCCGUGGCUUUCUGUAGCACUCAGAGCGGACUCAGAGCAGACUCAGAGCGGACUCAGAGCGGACUCAGAGCGGACUCAGAGCGGACUCAGAGCGGACUCAGAGCGGACUCAGAGCGGACUCAGAGCGUUCAGAGCGGACUCAGAGCGGACUCAGAGUGGACUCAGAGCGGACUCAGAGCGGACUCAGAGCGGACUCAGAGCGGACUCAGAGCGGACUCAGAGCGUUCAGAGCGGACUCAGAGCGGACUCAGAGCGGACUCAGAGCGGACUCAGAGCGGACUCAGAGCGGACUCAGAGCGGACUCAGAGCGUUCAGAGCGGACUCCGACAGCGCGUAA